CUUGUCUCUGUAACCUCGCAGCAGUCGAAUAUUAUCUAUCUAUCUUAACGUACGUAAUAUAUCACUUGCUUAAACCUCCGCCUCAAUCUGCAUUUGCGCCGUGCUUUCCCAGUAUGCCUCCUAUUCGAACAUCACGUACCCGCAAGCCACCUCCGGCGGGUUUCGAUGAUAUCGAAGAUACCUUACUCGAAUUCAGCAACAAGAUGAAAGACGCAGAGAAUGCAUCACACGAUGGGAAGAAGAAGCAUGAGAUGCUGUGGCCUAUAUUUCAGAUAAGUCAUCAAAGGUCUCGGUAUAUAUACGACCUGUACUACGAGAAGGAAGCCAUAUCAAAACAACUCUAUGAGUGGCUCCUCAAGAACAACUAUGCCGAUGCGAACUUGGUUGCCAAGUGGAAAAAGCAAGGCUACGAAAAGCUCUGUUGCCUUCGCUGCAUACAGACAAAAGAAACGAAUUUCAAUGCAACCUGCAUUUGUCGGGUACCGAAAGCGCAACUGAAGGAAGAUCAAACGAUUCAAUGUGUAAGCUGUGGCUGUCGAGGCUGUGCAAGCAGCGACUAGACUUAUGGCAGCGGUGCAAAUGCCAGACAACAACCUUCGCGCGUGGGGCUCCUAACCACUUAUUUAAAGCGGUAACAAUCUGACCAGACGGGCCUCAUAUACGGCGUUUGGGCGGGUAUAAUAUGUUGCCUGUCUUUUGAAAUGUACUCUUUCCUCAUUUCCUGUCUAGUAUGCCUGGACCUGAAGAAAGUCGCCGAUGCUGUAUCUUUGCAUGGUUUCCUUGUUUGGUUGGCUUUCUGCUACGACCAUUAUGAUACCCAAAACCAAAUUCAAGACAUUCAACAAUUUGAACAAAGUAGGAAAAUUAUUUAUGAC